CAAAAUAAAAAGAAAAUUAAAAAAAAAAGACACAAAAAAAACGUUCAGUGUCUCCGGCGAGUUAUGCAGACAUCACAAUCAAAUUAGGUCAGAAGAAUUAGUCGGAGAAAACAGCCAUGGGAAGAAGAAAAGUAGAGAUCAAACGAAUUGAGAACAAAAGCUCUCGACAAGUUACUUUCUGUAAACGACGAAAUGGUCUCAUGGAGAAAGCUCGUCAACUCUCAAUUCUUUGUGAAUCCUCCGUCGCUCUUAUCAUCAUCUCUGCCACCGGAAGACUCUACAGCUUCUCCUCAGGUGAUAGCAUGGCCAAGAUCCUCAGUCGUUAUGAAUUAGAACAGGCUGAUGAUCUUAAAACCUUGGAUCUAGAAGAAAAAACUCUUAAUUAUCUUUCGCACAAGGAGUUGCUAGAAACAAUCCAAUGCAAGAUUGAAGAAGCGAAAAGCGAUAAUGUAAGUAUAGAUUGUCUAAAGUCCCUGGAAGAGCAGCUCAAGACUGCUCUGUCUGUAACUAGAGCUAGGAAGGUAUAUAUGCUACUACUAAGAUAUUCAGUCACCUAGUCCAUAAAAUAUUUGGUCCAAGAGCAGUGUUUGGGUUUCGCACUUCAGAUCAUUUCCCCGAUUUGACCUAACUCUUAAUGUCUUGUGACAGACAGAACUAAUGAUGGAGCUUGUGAAGACCCAUCAAGAGAAGGUUAGUAUUUCUGGUUUUUAUUCGCCAUCCCUAGCUAUGCUGAUUCUUGAAUCCUCUGAAACUCCGAGUUUGGAGAUCACUAGACCAAGUUAAGAUCUCUAUAUAUGUCAUCGACGCUUGCCCUCUGCUGAAUCACCGAAAAUAAUGCUAUGAGGAUGUUUUAGAAAAACUGAAUAAAGUUGUGAUGGUGUCCAAACAGGAGAAGCUGCUGAGAGAGGAGAACCAGAGUUUGACUAACCAGCUUAUAAAGAUGGGGAAGAUGAAGAAGUCUGUGGAAGCAGAGGAUGCAAGAGCAAUGUCACCGGAAAGUAGCUCUGACAACAAGCCACCGGAGACUCUCCUGCUUCUCAAGUAACCACCAUCACCAACGACUGAUUCGAAAAAUAAAAAUUGUAAAAAUUAUGAUUUGUAGUUCAUAAGGAAAGCUACAUACUGUAUGUUAAAAAUCCUCUUCUUCCCCCUGCUACGGAAAAGUCAUCCAAGGAGAUGCAUCAAAUAAAGUAAUUGAUUUUUAUUGUUACCUUCGGAGACAGGAUGAUAUAGUAUUUACUUUCGUGCU